AUGGACGGGGAGAGGAAGGCGAUCACGGCCAGCGGGACGGGCAUCGCAGCAUUCGGCGACGUGCUGAUCACCGCGACUCUGUACUUUUACAUCGGCUCGUCGCGGACGGGGAUGAGGCAAACAGAAGGCGUCAUCUCACGGCUGUGCAACUAUGUGCUCGCCCGCGGGCUCCUAAUCCUCAUCUGCCACGUCUUGACGUUCAUCACGUUCAUCGUCUCUGACAACGCGUUCACUUGUCUCUUGUUCCACCAGCAGCUGUCCAAGCUCUAUUGCCUCACUCUCUUCUCGCUUCUUCUGUCAUUCGAGCCCUUUCGGCUGGCGUCACGCGUGCAGCAUGAGACGGGACCCUUUGAUGAUGCGCUGUCUAGUCGCAUUCUAUUGAAAGUGGAAUGUGAGACAGACAGCGACGGAUACGUGAAGCCUUCUUCUGUGCGUGACUCAUCGAGGAUUAUGUUUCCGCACGCAACUGGACCGCACGCCGUAACUCAAAUUUUGGAUCAUUGUGACCAGCAGCGUCCGUUUGCAGUUUGAAUGCUAUGAAGGUGCAUAGGAGGGGCGACGUAUUCUUGGGUCUCAUGCUCCCCGGCGCUGUAUCUUACUU